CCACUUUCCAAUUCCACCAUGGCACUUUCCUUGAUCAACUACUUCUUUCUCGAGAUUCCGGAAGCGAGAAUUCCGUUUAUGCUCAUCGAUGCCGCCGUUUUGUAUGGUCUGAACUCCUACGACAAGAAAUUACAAGCCAAAAAGGUGGAGAACGCGCGGGCUGCCGAGAUUGAGCAUGAAAUCGACAAGAAGGCCUCGCGUGCCCAAAAGGUGGCAACUCGAGAGCAGCGCAAGGUACAGGACAAAUUGACGAAGCAAAAGACAGCAGGCCAGUCAAGCUUCGCGCCAAGACAAACUAUACAGCAACCUGAUAAUAACAAGAAAUCGCGCUAACUCGAACGGACUAGGUUUCUGAACCUGGAGUUUCUUCAAACCGACAGCGAACUUUUCCACUAUUUACAGUAAGUUCACAAGCAGAACACUAUCAACUCUAACUACUGCCUUUGCCAAUACGAGCAACAAACUUCGAAAUACAUACGGAAUACAACAAAAACGUCAGCAAGUGAGAUGACACUACAGGAGUUAGCUAGACAUAAUUGAUAUACAACUAUUACAUUUGU